UCUGGUCAGACGUACCUUACCAAUCACUCCGCAGAUCUUCUGUAUAAAUCGGUGAAAACAUAGAAAAGCGUUCUAAUUUUGUGUAGUAAAUCUAGGAACAUUUAUGUGGCAUCAUGACGUGGGAACAUCUAGAACGUGGAAGCUCACCAGUGGAUUGGUGCGAGGGCAACUACCUCGUAUCACCGGAUAUUGCAGAAUUUGUUAAUACGAUAAGCAAUGUUCUGUUCCUGCUUGGUCCACCGUUUCUCAUCUACUUGUUUAAGGAUUACGGCAAGUUCAUACAACCGGCCAUUCAUCUGAUCUGGGUACUGCUGAUAGUGGUCGGUCUUUCAUCGGCCUACUUCCACGCGACGCUUAGCCUGCUUGGCCAGCUGUUGGACGAGCUGACCAUUCUGUGGGUAUUUAUGGCUACGCUGAGUCUCUUCUGUCCACGGCGCCAUUUCCCCAGAAUCUUUAAGCGAUCGAGAAAACGAUUCUGCUUGUCGAUGACAAUAUUUUCCAUUGCGGCCACGGCACUUUCAUUUUGCCAUCCGGCCAUAAAUGCGUUCGCGCUCAUGUUUCUAGCCAUACCAGCGACCUACUUGCUGUACCAGGAGCUGAAAAUCGUGCAAGAUAAACGUGUGUAUCGGCUCGGUGUACGUAACACCACCAUCCUGGUGAUGGCUAUCGUUUGCUGGAUUAACGAUCGCAUGUUCUGUGAUGCCUGGUCGUCGAUGAACUUUCCGUACCUGCACGGUUUCUGGCACAUUCUCAUCUUCAUCUCCGCCUAUCCGGCCUGCGUACUGUUUGCCUACUUUUUCGUCAACGACGAACGGCCCGAAAGUCGCCCCACGCUUAAGUAUUGGCCACGGAACGAUUUCGAACUGGGUAUACCGUACGUGUCGAUCAAUUAUGACAAAAAGUUUGAUGAUCCUAUUUAAACGUUGUGAAUGAACUUUAUGUAGCGCUCUUUCUCUCUCUAUGCAUGCCAAAAGAAUUUCUCUUCAUACAUUCAUUACGUAGCACAUGGUUUGAUCGAUCAUCGAUACGCAGGAAUAGUAAGAGGUUUUUGUAAACGUACCAAAAAACGAAAACAGAACGCUUUACACACAUGAUUUUAUCACAGCAAGAGCGGUAAAGGAAUUGAGUUUGUUUGCAAGCGGGUUUCGUUCCAGUUGCCACAUACGUACGACGGAUUGUUGAUAAACGUGUACAUAGAAAACAGUACCAUAUUCGGAGGGUAUUUAGUUCAAAACAACGAGGAGUGAUACUAGAACUAUGAUUUUAAUCGUUGCUGUAGUGCGACAGUGUGAUAGAAAGAGGCAAUUUCGAAUUAUUUAUAUUAUCGCUCGGGUGUUGCAUCGAUUCGAUAAACGCAAGGGUUUUAAAAUAAAGCAGUGCUAGGAUGUAUGCUCAAUUGGAAACAAUUUUAUUA